AUGAACAAGGUCGCCGAAGAACGGAGCAUGGACAUUUCCAUGGAAGACAAAGGUUUAAGAAAAACGAGGAAGAAAAUUUUGGAACUUCCGGAGAAGAUGAAGAAGAUUCUACAAGAUCUUUGGAAUGUCGGGAGAGAGGAUACAAGGAGAGUGAAACAUGCUUUGAAAGUAGGAGUUGCCUUAACACUUGUGUCUUUAUUGUAUCUCAUGGAACCUUUCUUCGAAGGUGUCGGGAAAAAUGCAAUCUGGGCAGUCAUGACCGUCGUCGUCGUUCUCGAGUUCUCCGUCGGUGCAACAUUACGCAAGGGAUUAAAUAGAGGAUUAGGGACACUAGUAGCAGGAUCUUUGGCAUAUGUAAUGGAGUUUGUUGCUAUUCACUCCGGUAAAGUUUUUGGAGGUAUCUUCAUUGGCAUCGCUGUUUUCAUCAUAGGAUCAACGAUAACGUACAUGAGAUUUAUACCAUACAUAAAGAGAAACUACGACUACGGCUUGCUUGUAUUUCUUCUGACGUUUAAUCUAAUCACAGUAUCGAGUUACACAUUCGAUACUGUGAUUACGGUCGCUCAUGAGAGACUAUACACCAUUGCUAUGGGUAUCGGCAUUUGUCUCUUCAUGAGCCUCUUGAUUUUUCCUAUAUGGUCUGGUGAUGACCUUCACAAAUCCACCGCUACAAAGCUCCAAGGCCUCUCUCACUCUAUCGAAGCAUGUGUGAGUAGGUAUUUUGAGGAGGUGAAAGACAGAGACAACUCAGAUUCUGAAUCUGAUGAUGAAGACGACGUAAUCUACAAAGGGUACAAGAAUGUUUUGGAUUCUAAAUCCACCGACGAAGCACUUGCAAUGUAUGCAAGAUGGGAGCCACGACACACAAGGCGUUGCCAUAAAUUCCCAUCACAACAAUACAUCAAAGUUGGAUCUGUUCUUCGCAAGUUUGGUCACACUGUUGUUGCUCUUCACGGUUGCUUACAAACCGAGAUUCAGACUCCUAGGUCUAUUCGUAUCCUCUUCAAAGAUCCUUGUGUUAGACUAGCCGGAGAAAUCUGCAAAGUUUUAUUAGAACUCUCCGAGAGCAUAAAAAAACGGCGUCGUUGCUCGCCGGAGAUUCUCUCCGAAAACCUCGAAGUAGCAUUAAAAGAUCUCAACACCGCAAUAAAAUCUCAGCCUAAACUCUUCUUGGGAUCUAACCUUCACAGUGACAUCACCAACAAGCACUUGAACGGCAACGUUUCGUAUUACAAUGAUAACAACGCAAACGGCAUCGUUUCGUAUCACAACGACGGUAAUAACUUGAACGGCAACGUUUUGGGUCAGACAGUGGAACAGAACGACACCGUAUCAAAGCCUCGAUUAGACAAUUCAGUUUCGCUCUCUAGCUUUAUGGGUGACACGUCAGACCGGAGGAGAUCGGUGAAGAAAUCGGCGAUCGGAGAGAAGAGGAGGUUAAGGAGACAAUUGAGCAAAAUCGCGGUGAUGAAAAGUUUGGAGUUUUCAGAGGCGUUACCGUUUGCUGCGUUUGCGUCGCUCCUUGUGGAUAUGGUGGCGAGGCUUGACACUGUGAUUGAUGAGGUGGAGGAGCUGGGUACAAUCGCCUGCUUCAAGGAGUACGAUGAGACUGUUGAUCCGACGGAUGUGGAGGUGCGAAUUGAUAAGCCGGUAGAUCUUGUGGUCGGAGAUUGA